AUGUUCAGCCUAGGUCUGAGCAUGCACUUCAAUAAAUACUGCGGCUCCCUCAGAUCGCACUCGACGACCAAUCGAGCACGCUUCUUCAAAGAAGGCUGA